CAACUUGAGCUACGCCGAGUUCACCACCGCCUUGGGCCUGGACUCCACUCGCCACCACUCUGUCGCUCCCUAUGUGCACAGCCGGACCAGGGCCAGCCAGCUGCAGGCCCCGUGGCGCUUCGUUCAGGCGCUGCUAGCUCACUCUGUCAUUCCCAAUCAAGAGGCGUUUGGUCAGGUGACAAAGAGACACAUGUAUGCCCUUGUCUCCAUGGCUAGUGCAGGGGACGGUCUCAACCUGGGAUCCGUUCUUACAAUCUCUUUCACCCGGGAGGAACCACUCGAAGGUCACCACACUGCAUAGAGGGGCCUUCAUCACUCAGCUUGCGCGGUUCUUUGGAGUGCCGCUAGAUGGGUGCGCCCUAGUCGGGCGUGCCAGAGACUUCCCCGACGAGACAUUGAGUGACAUAGGGAUGAUUCGGGUCGUUAGGAAAGACCUGCGGAUCCGUUGGAUCAGGGACAUGCGUCCAGUAGAGUUCGAUGAGGCCGCAGCAACCGAGCCCCCACCACCCCGCCACUUCAGUCUUACCCCGACGACUCGGGUGCCGGGCCCUCCUUAGUCGCACUAGUUGGUGGCAACUAGGCCGUCGUGGAGGCUCGUUUCGAUUGGAUCAAGGCGCGCCUCGAUCGUGAGCGUGAUGCCAGGCACUACUCUCAUUUCUUGCUGGAGCCCCUGUGCUCAGAGGCUGAUGUGAACAUUACCCAGGGUUUCUGGCACCCUUCUUCGCCUCAGGAUGAUGACAAGGAGGACUGAUACUUGAUGGAGAGCUCCAUUUUUUUGUGUUUUGUUGUUUUGUGUUGGUUCUUUUGAGUCGAUCUGGAUAUUGUUGGUUUUGUUUGUCUUUCCUUUUUGUUUGAAGCCAUGGAGCUGACAACUGUUAUCCUAACUCUUACCCAAUGUGAGUGGUUGUGUUUUGUCUCGCCUUUCCUCUCAGAAACUGGUCCACCGUCCAUUCGGCUCCUGAUGAUUGGUCCCAUUUCCAGUCUCCAUGCAAUCCGUUUCAUCGGUAACAUCGUUCCCCUUAUCCUUUCCUCUUCUCCAUCAUUGAGGGCAAUGUCAUGCUUAAGUGUGUGUGUGUGUGGGGGGGGGGGGGGGGUUAUCUUUGACUGCAUAGAUGCGUUUGUAUGCUUGGAGCCUAGUCCACUGUCCAAUUUGAUGAAUUGAGGGAUCCAAGUACUGUUCCUUGCAAUAACUUGCUCAAAAUGCUUUGAAUUGACAGUCUUUAUGGUGAUAUGCAACCUGGGGAGGUAGUUGUAGCAUUAUGGAGGAUGUUGAAGUAUACGAUUUUUCCUACCUAUCUCCUUGCUGUGUCGGUUGAUUUUGUGAACUAGUGGAUUUAGGACCCUUGAUUCAUGUGGUAUUGAUAACUCUCCUUACGUUGUGUUGUGGACUCGUGUAUCGAAAAAGGGUGCUCAAUUGUGUGAAAUGAUAAAGAAGUUGGUCCUCCAUGUCAGAAAAAUUGAAAUUUUAAACAUGGGGAAAGCCCAACAUGUGUGGCACCAUUCAUUGCACAAAAUCAGGUUUUGGAAGGGAUUUUAGUGAUCCUUGGUGGGGUAGGCCUACAUGGUGAAUCUAAGUUUUCUUUAGUACAAGUAAAAAUUUCCACCCGUUGAACGGUUUGCCUACUUGAGGAUGUGUUUUUAAGGGCACGGAUAGAGCUUCCGACACCCCUUAAUUUCAUUGAUCCUCCACACGAGUUGAGGAAAAGGAGUUAAAAGAAGUACUCUGGCGAGCGACAGAUGUACAUAAAUUGCUCUUGCUCAACCAAUAAGGGUUGACCGUGCAUAAAACUGCAGUUUGGAACCCCAAUAAAGUGUGAAUGAGAAAAAGAAAACAAAAAGAAAACAAAAGUACGAAAAGGGGUUCCAGAGAUUGAAAUGAAAUGGAAGAGCACCCGAUACGAAGAUUCCUUGGUCGUUGAAUUGUGUGAGUCUUCUUAUCCAUGAAUUGGUUGUCAUAGUCCCACUGCUUCUCAUGAUCAUGGUUUGAGUCUAGUACUCGCGUUGAGAGAGAUAGGGGACAUCUUAGAAGACCAGUUGACCUCGUAAGUUACUAAUUGAUAGCAAAUCAAUUUUUCAAUAAAAAAUUAGAAUCAAU